AUGGACGCUCUUCUUCAAGUCUCUGUUGAUGGUUUCAGAUACGACAGCAACGGAUCUGGAUCUGGAACUUGCUGCAAACUCAGAAACAAUCUUGAUUCUGUUGACAACCAGUCUUCACCGACAGAUUCUCCACCGUCAAUAUGUCAGGACAACGCUCCUGUUCUCAAGUACAUCAACGACAUGUUGAUGGACGAAGAAGAUUUCGUGGAGGACAAUAUUGCCUUACAAGCUGCGGAGAGAUCCUUCCACGAGUUACUCCACCAACCAUCUUCGGAUUCUGAUCAGAACUCAACUUCCUCCGGAAACUCCACCACAACAACAACAACAACUUUAACGGAUUCAGGAGAAUCUCAUAGAAAGUACCGUCAUCGAGACGACGAAGAAGAUGAUAUUGGAAACGGUAGGAGAAACAAACAACCAGCAACCUUUGUCUCGGACAUGGAAGAGUUAGCAGCAAAGUUGGAGCACGUGUUGUUGAUAUGCAAAACAAACCAAGAAGAAGACUCUUCAUCAGCAAUAACAACAACAACAAAGAAACAGAAUCCUCCACCAAACAAAGCAAAAGGCUCAUCAAACAAAUCCAAGGCACUUAAAUCCAACGCAGUUGAUCUCCGUAGUCUCUUGACUCAAUGCGCACAAGCUGUAGCGAGCUUUGACCAUAGAAGAGCAACAGAGAAGCUCAAGGAGAUACGUUCAAACUCUUCAAACACCGGAGAUGGGAUUCAAAGAUUAGCUUUCUACUUCGCAGACGCCCUCGAGGCACGUAUCACAGGCAUCAUCUCGCCUCCUCUCUGUACUGCGUUUCCUUCUAGUACAACAUCAAUGGUCGACAUCUUGAAGGCUUACAAGCUCUUCGUCCAUGUUUGUCCCAUCUACGUAGCGGAUUACUUCGCUGCAAACAAAUCAAUCUACGAGCUCGCCUUGAACUCAACUAAGCUUCACAUCAUUGACUUUGGGGUUCUCUACGGCUUUCAAUGGCCUUGUCUGUUACUAGCACUAUCUAAAAGACCAGGAGGACCUCCAAAGCUUCGUGUGACAGGAAUAGAGCUUCCACAGUCUGGUUUCCGACCUUCAGACAGGGUUGAGGAAACUGGUCGGAGAUUAAAAAGAUUCUGUGAUAUGUUCAACGUCCCGUUUGAGUUCAACUUCAUAGCUAAAAAAUGGGAAAGCAUCACUCUUGAUGAGAUAACGAUCAUUCCAGGAGAGACAACGGUUGUUAACUGCAUCCACCGGUUACAAUACACUCCUGACGAGACAGUCUCACUAGACUCACCGAGAGACACGGUUCUGAAGCUCUUCAGAGAUAUCAACCCUGACCUCUUCGUCUUUGCGGAGAUCAACGGGAUGUACAACUCUCCUUUCUUCAUGACGAGGUUCAAAGAAGCUCUCUUUCAUUUCUCUUCACUCUUCGACAUGUUUGACACAACAAUACAAGCGGAGGAUGAGUACAAGAACAGGGCGUUGCUGGAGAGAGAGUUGCUUGUGAGAGACGCCAUGAGUGUGAUAUCUAGUGAAGGUGUUGAGAGGUUUGCAAGGCCUGAGACGUACAAGCAGUGGCGUGUUAGGAUAUUGAGAGCAGGGUUUAGGCCGGCGAUGAUAAGUAAGGAGAUUUUGAAGGGUGCUAAAGAGAUUGUGAGGAAACGUUACCAUAAAGACUUUUUGAUUGAUAGUGAUAGCAACUGGAUGCUUCAGGGGUGGAAAGGAAGAGUCAUCUAUGCUUUUUCUUGCUGGAAACCUGCAGAGAAGUUAACAAGAGACGAUCAUAUAAUCAUUUGA